GGCUGCUCUAGGCCUGGCAUUCAGAUGAAGAGAAUUCUGUGCACAAGGAGACUUCAAAACAACAGGCAAACAACUGGGGCAUGAUCUUCAGGGGUAGGGGCCACUGUGAUGCCCCAAAGGCCAGGUGACGUCAGCUGCCCCGCAGUAGGUAAGAGAGGAGAGAUCAGACCCUAGCAGCCAGUCCAGACUAGACCCGAGGACAGCACAAAGACUUGCUCACAAGUCUUCAUGAGCCCCUGCCCAAGACUCUAAAGUCACAAAAAAACCUGCUCAUAUUACCCAAACACCAUCUAGAGGAGGAGUGGGGAAAAGCCAAAACUCUGGAACAGUAGGCAUUUACUCUAGAGAACCUGAAUUAGCUGACACUGAAAACCAGAAGAAACUGAGAUGUUAGCAAAAUGUUAAGUGCUACCUGCCUACCUUCUUCCUCAGCCCUGCCUGGCUUUCCAGGGAAGAGGAGACUUAUGAAAUUAAUUAGUUGGAUGAUACAGUAUAAGGAUAGUAUAUUCUCUCUGCACAUCUGACUGAUACUAUGUAUUUUGACUGUCAGAAGUAUUACUUUCUAACAGGAAGGAAGUAGUAAAGGUUUCUAGAAUGGGUGGCUUAUUGUUUUGUUUAGGUUUAGGAAUUUGGGAUUUGUUAUGUACAUUCAUUUACUUGGUCUAUGAAAUGAGUAUUGCUCACGUGGGUAAAGGAGCCCCUGGGAAUGACAAAUAGGGUGAGGGAGAGUUAGGUGCCUUCAUGUUGUGUCAGAACCUCCAGCUGUUUCCCGAGAAGCACAGUCCUGCACAUGAACCCUGCAUCAUCCACUAGUCAGCAGUCCGGUCAAAGACUUUUGAUCUUUGCUACUUGCAUGCUGAAAACCAUGACAAAGCCAGGGAUCUCCAGUGCAAAUGCUUAAAAAUGAUCAAAGUUAAGUGGACCUGAACCAAAUAAUACUGAGUGUUACAUGGGGAUCAGAAGCUAGAGCAGUAAUAUAUUUCUCAAAGAACCCACACAGCUUCAACCUUCCCUGGGGAGUCCUUGGGUCAGCAAUCAGAAUAGUAACAGAUUCCAAACUUCACAACUGCCAGUGGGAAUGUGCAAAAUCCUACAAGGGGGUGAACGAAGGGUCAGCCAACAGUGUCCCCGGAAGAACAACUUUCACUGACCAACUCCUUAUCUCUAUGGUGCAGAGAUAAUGACAAUGUGCGUGUGUCUACAUGUAGGCCUGUCUUUAUCCAUUGGCCAAUGUUUUUUAUAACUAUUUAUCAAAUGUUAGCCUGCCUCUCAACCUCUAUUUCACAAUUUCCCAUCAUACUAACUCUUCGCAGCAUUUCAAAACUGAUCUUUUGCUGGAGAACAGGAAGCUUUUCUUUGUCUUCCCAGAACAUUCUUUGUACUAGUCUCAUUAUGGCCUCCUACAAUCUUUUUAAUUUUAUUUCCUUUUCAUUCUUACUCUGCCUUGCAUUGGCUGAAUCCAAAGCCAGCCAUGAAAAGCCAAUGUAGGAACAGUUUCUCAUGGAUCCAAAUAUAUCCCUAUCAAACCUCAGUGCCUUUUCUUUCCUCUUCUUCCCUGAAUACCUUUCUUUAGGUCCUUCAGAGGUUUUGGUUAACAUACAUAAAAGCCAUAAUCCAGAAAGGGGUCAAUUAUCUGGUUCUCAGACCCAUAAAUGUUACCAGGUAUCAGUAGAAGACAAAGUAGUUCCAAAAUAUGAUUUCCCAUUCCACCAGAGUUCUUUAUGGAGCUACAUCUGUCUUGUUCUUACCACGUUGCAUAUGGCAAGACCCCAAUAUUCUUACAAAGGCCUCUUGACAUUGGCUUAGGGGAGGAAAAAAAAUUCCUGUCCCUCUACCCUCCUAGUUCCCCAGUUGGGACCUUAUAAAAUUAGACUGACAAAAGAUUAACAAGAGAAAAAGAAUUUAUUAAUGUACACAGUGCAUGUUACAUAGAAGAAACCUCAAUGAAAAGUAACUCGAGGUGGUUAGAACUUGGGCUUCUAUCUUAACAAAAAUACAUUAAUUUGUAGAGAAGCAACAAGAAGUAGGAAAAGUAAUUUAGGCUUUCAAGGGUGGUAAACUGUGGGAAGGUAAACAUAUGUGGGAAACUAGUGGAGUAAAGUUUGCACGUGCAAAUUCCAUCUGGCACCAAAUUUCCUUUUUUUUUAUGGCAAUAAAACUUCCCCAGCAAAGAAAAUUCAUGGCAGUCCUCCUUUUUCAGAAGUUCUGCUUUUAGUCAUAUCAGGGAAACUCCAACAAGGUUUUGUUUCUACAUCUAUUGGUUCUUAAUUGUCUCCAGAUAAAAAUUAUCCUUAUGGUCAGUGGCACAUUUGGGGUAACAUAUUCUGAAGAGAUUUGUGAUAAAUAAAAUGAAUGCUGAGCAGUAUUUCCAGUGCUCAUCAGUAUCUCUGAUUCCUGGACACAUAGGAAGAUUUUUAUUUCCUUACCCCCCUAAAAUUAGGCAAAGCCAUGUGACUUGCUUUGGCCAUUGACAUGAGAGGGACAUUUAAAUGCUGUUGCGUGAUCCUCCUUUCUUUCCUCCCUCUGACCCUACACACACUGAAAAUCAUGGUGAUGUCUCAGGAUGGUAGAGCCUCUAUCAGCCUGGACUCCUGCCUACCUGUGAUGGGCAUGCAGAGCUAGUUAUUUUAAAUACCAAGAUUUUGGGCUUGUUCGUUUUUGCAGCAUAAACAACUUCCCUGACUAAUAUAAAAAAUAGCCGGCUCUGAAAAUCCAGGAUUCUAGGAUGUGGGGGAGAAAUUCGUUUAAUAGUAGUUCACUGUCUUCUUCUCAUUGUCCUCGUGGCAUUCUAAUUCAGGUAAUUUUAGAUUUUUUUUUGUUACGUAUUAGGAGGCUGGAGGGAACUGGAAUGAUAAAAAAGCUAAUCAACAGACAAUAUUAGGCUUCACCUUUACUUCCUUGCUUCACUUACACUUACACUUCUAGCCCCAGUUAUGUGGUGUGAUCCCACACAUCUGAACUGUCUUUACUUGAUGUGGUAGAACUGCCAUGGCUGGCAGAGCCUACACAUCUAUUAUCCUGUCUUUCUACUUGUUGGCAACCACUGUGCCUAAUUUUAGUCUUAUUUGACUUAUCUCUAACUAGACCAUCAACUGUUCAUCAGAAACUGUCAUAAACGUGCAAAAUUGUGAUAGAGCAAUAAAGGGGACUUCACCUCUGUUUUAUUUUUAUUUAAAAACCCAGGAGCACUGGCAAGUACUCCUCAAGACUGUCAAGGUCAUAAGAAACAAGGAAAGACUAAGAAACUAUCACAGAUCAGAGGAGACUAAAGAGAUGUGACAAUUCAAUGCAAUACAGUUCCCUGAGUUUCAUCCUGGAACAGAAAGAAAACAUGAAUGAAAACUAGUGAAAUCCAAAUAAAGUCUAAACUCAGUGAAUAGUAAUGUGUCAAUAUCGGUUUCUUAGUUCUGGCAAAGGUAUUAUUGGUAUAAGAUAUUAACAAUGGGGGACUCUGGAUGAAGGGUAUAGAAUAACUCUCUGUACUAUCUUCACACUUUUUCUUUAAAUCUAAAAUUACUCAAAAGCAGAAUUUUUAUUUUAUUUUAAAUGGACAACUAAAGGCUCUAUUUACCACUUUCACACAUCUGUCCUUCCCCACAUCUUAAAAAAAAAAAAGCUCUUUCAGCUUGCACCUAGUUAGAGGCGACAUGGCGAAACACACUAAGAAGGUCAGAAUCCUAAGUAAAUGCGGGACCCAUUAUGGUGCCUCCCUCAGGAAAAUGGUGAAGAAAACUGAAAUAAGCCAGCAUGCCAAGUACACUUGCUCCUUUUGUGGCAAAACCGAGAUGAAGAGACAAGCUAUGGGUAUCUGGUACUGUGAUUCCUGCGUGAAAACAGUAACUGGUGGUGCCUGGACCUGUAACACCACUUCCACCGUCACAGUAAAAUUGGCUAUCAGAAGAAUAAAGGAAUUGAAAGACCAGUAGAAGUGCCACCAUUUGAAGCACUGUUAGACAAUAAUAAAUGGGUUGAUUUAUGUAAAAACAAAACAAAACAAAAACCCUAUAUUCCUAGAAAUACUCAUUAACUUUUCUUUAAGAAAGAUAAGGAGCCUACACUGGCAGUAAGUACAUGUCUAUCAAUAAUCACCCUAAAUGCAAUGCACCAAUGAAAUGAAUGCACCAAUCAAAAGACACAGAGGUACAGAAUGGUACAGAAACAAGACCCAUCUAUACGAUGCUUUCAAGAGAUUCAUUUCAGACCGAAGACAUACACAGACUAAAAGUGAGGGGACUGAAAAAGAUAAUCCGUGCAAAUAAUAGGGAAAAAAAUCAGGAAAUCAGGAGUAGCAAUACUUACAUCAGAAAAAAUAGAUUUCAAAACAAAGAAAGUAACAAGAGAAAAGAAAGACAUUACAUAAUGAAAAAGGGGUCAGUCCAACAAGAGAAUAUAACCAUUAUAAAUAUCUAUGCACCCAAUAUAGGAGCACCUAAAUAUGCAAAACAAGUACUAACAGAAUUAAAGGAUGAAAUAGAAUGUGACACAUUCAUUUAGGAGACACCACUCACAGCAACAGACAGACCAAACAGACAGAAAAUAAGGUAACAGAGGCACCAAAUAACACAUUAGAUCAGGUGGACUUAACAGAUAUCUACAGAACUUGCUACCCAAAAGCAGCAAGAUACACAUUUUUCUCAAGUGUACACAGAAUAUUUUCCAGAAUAGAUUACAUACUAGGUCACAAAAAGAGCCUCAAUAAAUUUAAAAAGAUUGAAAUCAUAUGAAGCAGCUUGUCAGACCACAAUGGUAUGAAACUAGAAAUAAAUUAUGCAAAGAAAAAAAAGCCCACAAACACAUGGAGGCUUAACAACACGCUCCUGAAUAAUCAAUGGUUCAAUGACCAAAUUAAAACAGAGAUCAAGCAAUAUAUGGAGACAAAUGAAAACAACAAAUCAACAGCUCAAAAUCUGGGGGAUGCAGCAGAGGCAGUUGUAAGAGGAAAAUACAUAGCAAAACAGGCUUACUUCAAGAAACAAGAACAAUCCCAAAUGAACAGUCUAAAUUCACAAUUGAAGAAACUAGAAAAAGAACAAACAAAUGAUGCCCAAAUUCAGUAGGAGGAGGGACAUAACAAAGCUGAGCAGAAAUAAAUAAAAUUGAGAAGAAUAAAAUAACAGAAAGAAUUAAAAAAUCUAGGAGCUGGUUCUUUGAGAAAAUAAACAAAAUAGAUAAGUCCCUCGCCAGACUUAUCAAGAAAUAGAGAGGUAACACACAUAAACAGAAUCAAAAAUGAAAAAGGACCAAUAACAAUGGACCCCACAGAAAUACAAAGAAUUAUAGGAGAAUAAUAUAAAAAAUUAUAUGCCAAUGAACUGGACAAACUAGAAAAAAUGGACAACUUUCUAGAAAAAUACAACUUUCCAAGACUGACCCAGGAAGAAACAGAAAAUCUAAACAGACCAGCAAUGAAAUCAAAUUGGUAAUAAAAAAACUACCUAGAAAUAAAAUCCCUGACCCAGCUGUCAUUAUGGCUGAAUUUGAUCAAACAUUUAAAGAAUAGUCAAUACCCAUCCUUCUUAAAGUACUCCAAAAGGCAGAGGAGGAGGGAAUAUUUCCUAACUUAUUCUAUGAGGCCACAUCACUCUAAUACCAAAACCAGGCAAAGACACCACAAAAAAAGAAAAUUACAGACCAAUAUCCCUGAUGAACACAGAUGCAAAAAUCUUCAACAAAAUAUUAGCAAACCAAAUUCAAAAAUAUAUAAAAAAGAUCAUCCAUCAUGACCAAGUGUAAUUCCAGGGAGGCAAGGAUGAUACAAUAUUUGUAAAUCAAUCAAUAUCAUACAUCACAUAACAAAAAGGACAAAAAUCACAUCAUCUCUAGAGAUGUUGAAAAAUCACAGAUAAAAUUCAACAUCCAUUCAUGAUAAAAACUCUUAACAAAGUGGGUAUAGAGGGUACAUACCUCAACAUAAUAAAGGUCAUAUAUGACAAACCCAGAGCCAACAUCAUAUUUAACAGCAAAAAGCUGAAAGCUUUUCCUCUAAGAUCGGGAACAAGACAAGGAUGCCCAUUCUCACCACUUUUAUUCAACAUAGCACUGGAGGUCCUAGCCACGACAAUCAGACAACACAAAGAGAUAAAAGGCAUCCAGAUUGGUAAAGAAGAAGUUAAACUGUCACUGUUUGCAGACAACAUGAUAUUAUACAUAGAAAACCAUUAGAACUGCACCAAAAAAACUAUUCGAACUAAUAACUGAAUUCAGCAAGGUUGCAGAAUACAAAAUUACUACACAGAAAUCUGUUGCAUUCCUAUAUACUAACAACUAAUUAGCAGAAAGAAAUCAGGAAAACAACUCCAUUUACAAUUGCAUCAAAAAGAAUAAAAUACCUAGGAACAAACCUAACCAAGGAAGUGAAAGACCUUUACUCUGAAAACUACAAGACAGUCAUGAACAAAAUUAAAGAAGUUACCAGUAAAUGGAAAUCUAUCCUGUGCUGUGGAUAGGAAGAAUUAAUAUUGUCAGAAUGGCAAUCCUCCCUAAAGCAAUGUACAGAUUCAAUGCAAUCGCCAUCAAAAUACCAACAGCAUUCUUCAAUGAACUAGAGCAAAUAGUUCUACAGUUCAUAUGGAACCACAAAAGACCCCGAAUAGGCCAAAGCAAUCCUGAAAAGGAAGAAUAAAGCUGGGGGGAUUACACUCCCCAACUUCAAGCUCUACUACAAAGCCACAGUGAUCAAGACAAUUUGGUACUGGCACAAGAACAGACCCAUAGACCAAUGGAACAGACUAGAGAGCCCAGAUAUAAACCCAAGCAUAUAUGGUCAAUUAAUAUACAAUAAAGGAGCCAUGGAUAUACAAUGGGGAAAUGAUAGCCUCUUCAAUAACUGGUGUUGGCAAAACUGGACAGCUACAUACAAGAGAAUGAAACUGGAUUAUUACCUAAGUCCAUACACAAAAAUAAACUCAAAAUGGAUCAAAGAACUGAAUAUGUCAUGAAAGUAUAAAACUCAUAGAAGAAAACAUAGGCAAAAAUAUAUUGCAUAUAAUCAUGAGCAACUAUUUCCUGACUUUAUCUCCUUGGGCAAGGGAAACAAAAGCAAAAAAUGAACAAGUAGGAUUAUAUCAAACUAAGAAGCUUCUGUCCAGCAAAGGACACCAUCAGCAGAACAAAAAGACAUCCUACAAUAUGGGAGAAUAUAUUUGUCAAUGAUUUAUCCAACAAGGGGUUAACAUCCAAAAUAUAUGAAGAACUCAUAUUCCUCAACACCCAAAAAACAAAUAACCUGAUUAAAAAAUGGGCAGGGGACCUGAACAGACACUUCUCCAAAGAAGAAAUACAGGUAGCCAACAUGCACAUGAAAAGAUGCUCCAUGUCACUAAUAAUCAGGGAAAUGCAAAUAAAAACCACAAGAAGAUACCAUCUCACACCAGUUAGGGUGGCUACUUUCCAAAAGACAAGAAACAACAAAUGCUGGCGAGGAUGUGGAGAAAAGGGAACCCUCCUACACUGUUGGUGGGAAUGUAAAUUGUUCAACCAUUGUGGAAAGCAGUAUGGAGGUUCCUCAAAAAACUCAAAAUAGAAAUACCAUUUGACCUAAGAAUUCCACUCCUAGGAAUUUACCCUAAGAAUUCAGGAGCCCAGUUUGAAAAAGACAUAUGCACCCCUAUGUUUAUCGCAGCACUAUUUACAAUAGCCAAGAACUGGAAGCAACCUAAGCGUCCAUCAGUAGAUGAAUGGAUAAAGAUGUGGUACAUAUACACAAUGGAAUAUUAUUCAGCCAUAAGAAGACAAAUCCUACCAUUUGCAACAACAUGGGUGGAGCUAGAGGGUAUUAUGUUCAGUGAAAUAAGCCAGGCAGAGAAAGACAAGUACCAAAUGAUUUCACUCAUCUGUAGAGUGU